UCACCCACCAAACCAAACCGAGUCAUCCUUCGUCGUCUCUCUUUCUUUCUCUUCAACUUCCAUUUCUCGAAAGGCGACGAGAAAAAAAGUAUUUCUCCAGUUUUGGAAUUUUGCCAUGGCUGUUGAUAGCAGAAUGGAUCUACUCAGCGAAAGAGCUCUGUUGAUGAGAGCUUCUCUUCAGAAGAGUCAAACCAUCACCGAUAAUGUUGUCUCUAUCCUCGGCUCUUUCGAUAGUCGUCUCUCUGCUCUCGAAACCGCCAUGCGUCCUACUCAGAUUAGAACUCAUGCUAUAAGGAAAGCUCAUGAGAAUAUUGAUAGGACUCUUAAGGCUGCUGAGGUUAUUUUGUCUCAAUUCGAUCUCACGUCAGGUUUGUUUUACAUGUAUCGCUAUAAAUAGAUAUAAAUGAUAAUGAUCCACAUUGAGAAGAGAUGUGUUUAGUUUUCUGAUUAUGCUCUCAAUUCAAUUCUAGGCAGAGACUAAAGUACUCAAGGGGCCACAUGAGGACCUGGAAAGUUAUCUGGAUGCAAUUGCUCAACUCAGAAAGAUUAUUCGUUAUUUUAUGAGCAACAAAAGCUUUAAGAGUAGCGAUGGAGUUCUCAACCAUGCUAAUAGCUUGCUUGCUAAAGCACAGUCAAAGUUGGAGGAGGAGUUUAAGCAAUUGCUAGCUUCUUACAGUAAAGCCGUGGAGCCUGAUCGCCUAUUUGAUGGCCUUCCCAACUCACUGAGACCAUCCUCAGACGGUGAUGGAGGUGGAAAACCCCACGGAGGACAUCACAACGAUGACGCGGAAACUGCCGCUUAUACACUUCCAAUCCUCAUUCCGUUAAGGGUAUUGCCACUUUUGCAUGACUUGGCACAGCAAAUGGUUCAGGCUGGUCACCAACAACAGUUGCUACAAAUUUAUAGAGAAACACGAUCUUUUGUCUUGGAAGAAAGCCUAAGGAAAUUGGGAGUUGAAAAACUUAGCAAAGAGGAUGUUCAGAGGAUGCAGUGGGAAGUUUUGGAGGCCAAAAUUGGAAAUUGGAUCCAUUUCAUGCGCAUUGCUGUUAAAUUACUCUUUGCUGGAGAAAGGCAAGUAUGUGACCAGAUAUUUCGAGGUUUCGAUUCUCUAAGUGAUCAGUGUUUUGCAGAGGUUACGGUGAGCAGUGUCUCAAUGCUACUUAGCUUUGGGGAUGCUAUAGCCAGGAGCAAGAGAUCUCCAGAAAAGUUGUUUGUACUCUUAGACAUGUAUGAGAUAAUGCGGGAGCUUCAUACAGAGAUUGAGACAAUUUUCAAAGGUAAAGCAUGCCUUGAAAUUAGAGAUUCUGCUACGGGCUUGACAAAGCGGUUGGCGCAGACUGCUCAGGAAACAUUUGGUGAUUUCGAAGAAGCUGUUGAGAAAGAUGCUACAAAGACUGCUGUUCUAGAUGGAACCGUCCACCCACUAACAAGCUAUGUCAUCAAUUAUGUGAAGUUCUUAUUCGACAGCUACCAAACGACAUUGAAGCAACUUUUCUUGGAAUUUGGAAAUGGAGAUGACUCAAAUUCGCAGCUAGCAUCUGUAACAAUGCGGAUAAUGCAGGCACUUCAAAACAACUUGGAUGGAAAAUCGAAACAGUACAAAGAUCCUGCAUUGACACACUUGUUCCUGAUGAACAACAUUCAUUACAUGGUCAGAUCUGUGCGCAGGUCAGAAGCCAAGGAUUUGCUAGGCGAUGAUUGGGUUCAAAGACAUAGGCGUAUCGUGCAGCAACAUGCAAACCAAUACAAAAGGGUUGCCUGGACAAAGAUAUUACAAUGCUCAUCGGCGCAAGGUUUAACCUCAUCUGGGGGAGGAAGUUUAGAGGGAGGAAACAGCAGUGGAGUUUCACGAGGAUUAUUGAAAGAGAGGUUCAAGAUGUUCAAUAUGCAGUUUGAUGAGUUGCAUCAGAGACAAUCUCAAUGGACAGUUCCAGACACAGAGUUAAGAGAGUCACUAAGACUUGCUGUUGCCGAAGUAUUAUUGCCUGCUUACAGAUCAUUCCUCAAACGCUUUGGGCCUUUGGUUGAGAGUGGGAAGAAUCCUCAGAAAUACAUAAAGUAUACAGCUGAAGAUCUUGAAAGAUUGUUGGGUGAGUUGUUUGAAGGAAAGUCUAUGAAUGAACCACGCCGGUAAAGAAACAACCCCAAAAGAUGAUGAAAACUAAUUGUGUAAGGUAAAUUUCUAUCAAACUCUUCUUCUUUUUUGGCUUACCUUACAUAACUAGCUUCGUUGCCAUUGUAUAUGGAGUGUCAACUUUACGUUUAUUGUACUCUACUAUUCUUUGGUUGUGGAAUGUGAAAAUGUCUUUUUUAGUAAACUCAGUGUGUAAAUUACUUGGAGACAGAGUUGUUUCCUUCUGUAUACGUUAACGUUUUGAAGUAAUCAUGUUCUAAUAAGUCUAA